UAUUGGAUUCUGUAUGCUGGUCGUCCUUGGUGUCCGCCAUAUUUGUGUCACCUUUCCUAAAUACUCAAAGUACAUGUUACUGGGUACAUUAUUACUGCUUUCGGUUUACACUGUGAGAUGCAUUCAGAGAAGCAGUCAGUGGCGCAAUGAGAUGGAACUGUUCUCAUCUGGUCCUCAAGUUUGUCCUGGAAAUGCAAAGGUUCACUAUAAUAUUGGCAAACUGCAUGCUGACAAUGGAAAUACAGAAUAUGCCAUCACAAAAUACCGACAGGCGAUAACAUUGAAUCCAGAAUAUGACCAGGCUAUGAACAAUCUGGGAAAUAUUUUAAAGGACAAAGAUGAAUUGUUUGAAGCUGAACAACUCCUGGAGAGAGCUGUAUCUAUCAGAAAAGAGUUUGCAGCAGCUUGGAUGAAUCUCGGCAUUGUAAAAGCUUCAUUAAAAAAGCAUGAGGAAGCAGAAAAGUGUUACGUUACAGCAAUUACACAUCGGAGAAAAUAUCCUGACUGUUACUAUAAUCUCGGCAAUUUGUAUUUGGAGGUAAAGCAGUAUGACCGAGCAGUAGAAGCAUGGACAAAUGCCACAAACCUGAAACCUACUCACUCCCAGGCCUGGAUCAACAUGGCUGUUGUCUAUGAUAAUAUAGAAAGAUUUGAAGAGAGUAUAGCUGUGACAAUGAAGGCGCUAAGACAUUUACCAGAGGAACCUCAGUUAUAUUUCAACCUUGGGAAUGUUUAUGGCAAAAAGGCCAAAUUUGAAGAAAGUGAAAAAUAUUUCCAGAGAGCUAUCAAACUGUCACCUAAUAAUGCCAAAUUUGUUGCUAAUAUGGCUGUGUUGUACCACAGGUGGGAGAAGUAUGACAAAGCAGAGGCAGCAUACCUGAAAGCUCUGUCCAUCAACCCUGCUGAACCAAAUGUGCAACAGAAUUUAGCAAUGUUACAUCGUAAAAUGAACAAGAAAACCUCUUGAUGUCUCAAAAGAAAUUAACAUUCUGUACAAAAUCAUGUUCCAUUUAUAUGGCUUAAUCAAAGUCUCUGUUCAGUAUUUUCUCUAUUGCCUAGUUUUUAAUGUAAAAAAGCAAGAACGGUGGCCAGAUAUUAGCAAUGAAUUGAAGCAUACAUGUGUUUGAGCUACCCAAAUCGGUCAAUUGAUUGCACAAGACUCACAAUUUACAAUUAACUAGUCCUGUUCAAAGGCUGUAGGAAAAUUUACAAUUAGCUAGUCCUGUUCCAGGGCUGUAGGAAGAUUUUAUAAUUAGUUAUUCCUAUUCCGGAGCUUUAGGAAGAUUUUUACAAUUAGCUAGUCCUGUUCCAGGGUUGUAGGAAAAUUUUACAAUUAGUUAGUCCUGUUCUAGGGUUGUAGGAAGAUUUUACAGUUAGUUAUUCUGGUUCCAGGGCUGUAGGAAGAUUUUACAUGACAAUUUGACAAAAGAUGGCCUUUUCCUCUUCCAUUUCUUGAUUCAUAUAGAGAAGUUGUCACCUUAUUUUAGGAGAAGUGGAUCGAGGAAACUUUGGUUAAAUGAUGGUCAUUACAUGACUGAAAUACAUUGGACUCUUGAACGCAAAGCAAACAAGUUCACCUGUUCCAUUCUUUUUGUCAUAAACAUAACUAUGUUUGUUUAGCCCAAUGACAUAAGAUUGAAAACGUGCGUUAUAAUUAUGGGAGAAAGAUAUUCUUGUUAGUGUUGAUCUCGUUGAAUCUGACAGCACAGGAUCUAAACACUGUUAUACCCCUGUCAUGCUGGACACAACUGAUUGUGCCUUUUUGACCAGUGCAGUCUGAUCAUGAUCUGCACUGUUUGCCUUUCAGUCAGUAUCUUUAUUGUAUGCCCCGCUUUUAACAGUUAUUGGAACUGUCCAUAUUGAAAGAUGGACAAGUUCAUUAUAGAAAUUUAGCGGGUAAGGGUCAAGUCAGAUUAAGGAAUAACCAUACAGACAAGAUUUUUCCUACACAUUAGAUAAGGAAAGCUCUUUGUAAUUGAUUUAGGACAAAAAAGCUCACAAGGUUUUACAAGUAUUUUAAUGGGAGGGAGUUGAGAGCAGUGCCAGGUGUGUGUGUGUUAUGAGCCAGAAUCUCAUAUAUGUAAAUGUAGCAUAAUAAUUUAAGUGUAUAAUCUUCAUACAGUUUUUCAGAAUGAUAUUGUUGAUGUUUCAUACUGUUAUAAAGGAAUGAAAUUGACAUGUUGGGAUUUCAGUAUUGGUAUGUGUACAUGAAGUAAAGCCCUAGUCACUGUAAUAAGUGGCUGUUCAAGUUAUCGUAUAAAGUAACUUUAAAUGCUUUGAUAUGGUUAAUCUUCAUGUUUUAUACCUACCCAUAUUUUUUAGACAGUAAUAAAACCUCAUAUUCUGUCAUAACUGGAAAAAAGUAAACUUUUGUAUGAUCUAUCUGUAAUUGUUAGAAGUGUGUAUUAUUUUUUCUACCCACAGGUCAUGUGUGUUAUGAAAACAUUUAUAAAUCCAUUUUCGUUGGUUUUCAUGUCUGGUUACCAUUCAUUUUAAUGUAAUAAAUUUUACAUAUCAAAUGCUCACUUAUAAUAUAUCAAUUUUUAUGUGUGAGAAGAGGGACAUACUGUAAAAGUAAACUCAUUUCAGAUUGCACAAAUUAUUCAUUAAUGAAGUGUCAGAUAUGUGGUGUUGUGAAAAGUGAAACUGUGAAUGCAUUUUGAUAUACCAUGUAUGCACUGUCAAUUGUAAACUGUCUUUUUUUUUCAAGAAAAUGUUUAAUAAACAAGGGACAAACGUUAAUAUUAGCGAAAAAUACAAUUUCUAGCAAAUAAGGUUUUACAGUAAUUUAGUUCAUUAUAUGCUUAUGUACCGUACAUUAUAUGUGUCAUCUUGUAUUUUGCAGAUAACUAUGAAUACUACUACUAGUAGAAGGUGAAUAUUUUUGUAUGUGUAGAUCUAUUAUUUGUAAAUUGAACAUAAAUUUGUUUUUGAAUGUCUGUGUUUUAUAUUUUUGUUAAAUUUGUUAAGAUUUAUUUUUUAUAGUGUCUUUUUUAAAUCAAGCUUUAGUUAUACUGAAAUAAUUUCAACACAAAAACUGUAUUAGUUGGAGAAUCGGUAAGUUAGUUCAUGGAGAGUUUUAGUAUAAGUUUGUAGAAAUAACUGGUGAAGGUUUUUGUCCUGUCACGCACAUAAUAGUUCAAAAGUCAAGAUCAUACUAGAAGUCAAGGUCAUAUCCAUUUUUGUUACAUGUUUGUUAGAUAUACAUAUAUCUUUCAUUAAUUUAAAAAUGAAAUUCAGCAAUUACAGUGAUUGAAGAAAUGAAGGGACAUAAUAGCUAUCAAAUAGUAAAUCUAUGUUUUCUCAGUUUUUGUACAGAUUGCCUACGAGACUUUGUUCGAAUAUUGGUCUUUGGGACUACAUAAUACACUCUUUAAACAAAGUUUAGCACAUUUAAGUCUUUAUAAGGCCAUCAUCAGGAAAGUGAUAUGAUUGUUUCCAACUUAUACAUUGUUAUUUAAGAAGUAAUGUAUCUCAUCCAGUGAUUUGUCGUUGAAUAAAAUCAUUGUCUGGAGAUCAGAUGCGAAGGAAUUAUAUCUUCAAGAGCAAAUCACUAAAUGACAUAUAUUAUUUCGAUUCUAACACGUUACCAAGGAUUUUCAAGUAUAUCCUUGAUGACAUCCAUCAAAUAUUUGCCUGUUUUUUGUUGGUUUCUUUUCCAACGUGCCGCUAGGCCUUUUGACGCUAUGACAUAAUAAUUGUGACAUCAGAACAGUGAACUGCUGUAAAAUAACACACAGUUUUCAGCCUUCUUUGUUUAAUAGGAAAACAAAUCGGGUCUUGUUAGAAUCUAUAUUUUGAUGCAUUUUGUAGGAUUUUUUUAAUAUGCAGUAGAUAUAUGUUGAUUCUAAAUACAUGGGUUUUUUACGCAAGUUUACAGUUAAGUUGACAAGCUUUGAUCUCAGUAUUUGUCUGAACACAUUGCUGUGUUAUAUAUCAAUAAAUUUUAUAUAUA